GGUGGAUUUGAUCUGUUGUUGCCACACGUGGAAGUGAAAUGACUCCAGCAGAACCCUGGUUGCAACGGAUUCCACCUAUUGUGAGAGCGUGACAACUGACUUGAAAAAGAACUAUAUAUUUCUACUUACCUCAGAUGAGACAUCACCUCUUGCUGCGUGCACUGGAAUAAAAGACAAAGGAAACAGAUUCUGAGAACAGUGACGAAUGCUUGCUGCUCUGUGAUUGUAAGAGUUUUCUUUUUUUCAUCAUGGAUUGUCAAGAAAAUGAGUACCGGGACCAGUGGGGGCGCUGUGUCACCUGCCAACAAUGUGGCCCUGGACAGGAGCUCUCUAAGGAUUGUGGAUAUGGAGAAGGUGGAGAUGCGCACUGCAUAGCUUGCCCUCCCCGAAAGUAUAAAAGCACUUGGGGACAUCACAGAUGUCAGACAUGCAUCACUUGUGCUGUCAUCAAUCGGGUCCAGAAGGCCAACUGCACAAAUACCUCUAAUGCUAUCUGUGGAGACUGUCUGCCCAGGUUCUACCGAAAGACACGCAUUGGGGGCCUGCAGGACCAAGAGUGCAUCCCAUGUACAAAGCAGACUCCUUCUUCUGAGCUUCAGUGUACCUUCCAGUUGAGCUUAGUGAAGGUAGAUGCACACACUGUUCCCCCCAAGGAAGCCACACUUGUUGCACUGGUGGGAAGUCUGCUAGUGGUAUUUGCCCUGGCCUUCCUUGGACUCUUUUUCCUCUAUUGCAAACAGAUCUUCAGCAGACAUUGUCAAUGCGGAGGUUCGUUGCAAUAUGAGGCUGAAAAAACAGUGGAGGAGGAUUCUCUUUUCCCCGUGCCACCUGGCCAGGAGACCAGUCCUGAAUUUCCAGUGAAUGAGGGCAUCUUUGAGAUCAAACCACUUAACUCCAUCCUGGAUGAUGACUGCAGCUCCACUCGCGGCUUCCCCACCCAGGAGUCCUUUACCAUGGCCUCCUGCGCCUCAGAGAGCCAUUCUCAAUGGGUCCAUACCCCAAUUGAAUGUACAGAGCUGGACCUGCAAAAGUUUUCCAGCUCUAUCCCCUCUACUGGAGCUGAAACCUUGAGAGAGAACACAGCCGAACACACAGGAGACAGGCUGGAGCUCUAUGUACCUUUUGAAAUUCCCAGCCUUUGACUCUACCAAGGUGAACUAGAAAGGUAGGGCUAAAGGACUGGACGGCGUGGACUACCCUCACAAAAUUUCCAACCUGGGUUCUGUUGUUCCAUAGGAUUUGGAUUGAAGAAUAGCAGGAAACUAGGGCCGAUAAAUGUUGGAGAAGCACUAAACUUUUGAGCUAAGUUUACAUUGGACUUCUAGGACAAGAAUUGUCUAGAGAUCAGGCAGGUUGACAUGAGGCCACUGUCUUUAUCCAGACUCUACUAUCAACUAGUCAUAUUCUAUUUUCUCCUUUCA